AGUCACCUGAGCCUCUAGUGAGGUAUUAACAGUGACCCUUCACCCUCCACUGAAACAGGAUGUAGGCCCAGUGCUGGAUGUCUGGUGUUAUUUCCUGGGUUUACUAUCUACCAAGAAAUCACCAGAAAAUCCAUGGCCAUCCUCACGCAGAGACACAUGCAGCGACUUCCUUCCCUCGUCCUGUUGACCCUGGCUGGGUUGUGUCUCUCAGCAGCUCUUCCACCAACAGCUGCUCCACUUUUCACUAAACCGUUUGUGGUCCUAUGGAACGCUCCCAUCUACAGAUGCGAUGAACUGCAGGUCCGUCUGGACAUGGACGUGUUUCACGCCAUCACAACACCUCAGCGUGUGCCUAACCAAGUCCUAAGCCUCAUGUAUAAUAACCGAUUGGGGCUUUUCCCUUACACUGACCUCUACAAUUUCACACAGUACAAUGGUGGCAUUCCACAGAAAGGAGACCUAAAUGCCAGUCUGCAAAAAGCAAAAAUAGAGUUCAAUAAGUACAUUCCAUCAUCGGUACCUGGUCUGGCUGUGCUUGACUGGGAGGAGUGGUUUCCUUUGUUUCAUAGAAAUGCGGACUUAAGAGAGAUCUAUAAAUCGCUGUCCAUAAAAUACACCCUUCAGCAGAAUCCAUCCCUUACAAGAGAACAAGCUACCCUGAAAGCCAAAGAGCAAUUUGAUAAAGCUGCCAGAAGUUUCAUGGAAGAAACAUUAAAGUUAGGAAUCUCACAAAGACCAAAUUUCCUCUGGGGCUAUUAUUUGUAUCCUGACUGCUACAACUAUGAUUUUGAGAACCCAGACUACACAGGACAAUGUCCAAAGAGUGCCUAUGCAUUAAAUGAUGAACUUCAGUGGCUUUGGCAGGCAAGUACUGCGUUCUUUCCAUCAGCCUACAUGCCAGUUUCUGUAAGCGAAACCCAGAAAGCAGCUCUGUAUGUCCGACACAAGGUGCUAGAAGCGAUGAGGGUGGCGGAUUUGUCACAACGCCCUUACACUGCUCCGAUUUAUUUGUAUCUGCAACUUCUUUUGCGGGAUCAGGAUGACCUGUACAAUCACAAGGUUGAUCUGAUUCGAAGUAUCGGUGAGAGUGCAGCUCUGGGAGCCGCCGGAUGUGUGCUUUGGGGAUCUAGCUAUAAUUUUAAUGAGAAGGAAUCAUGUGAAGCCCUGUCUACAUACCUGUCUAACACUCUAAAUAAGUACGUGGUCAAUGUUACAACUGCGGCUGAACUGUGCAGUGACCUGCUGUGUGGAGGGAAUGGACGCUGUGUCCGUAAAAUCUACGACUCUGACGACUACCUACACCUCAAUAUAAACAGCUUUAAUAUACAGAAGAUUGAUGGGAUGUAUAAAGUCUUUGGGAAACCUUCUAAAACUGACCUCACUGCCUGGUCUGACCAGUUCACCUGUCAGUGUUAUGAGGACAAGAAAUGCGCAGCUCAAUUUUAACUUUUAUCCAGUGGCAGCAAUGAUUAAAAAUGUUAUAUGACAAACCUUUUGCUGUGAUGUAUCGUCUUGAAUAAAUGUCUCAUUGUUUCAUUUGAUUAAUAUAAGAUUACCUUUCAGGAUGU